GGCUGGCUGGCUGGCUGGCUAGUAUUUGGCGGUGUGGUGUGUGCGGUCGGACUGUGGUUGUGUCUCAGGUCUGGGCGCGUUGAUAACGACACACUUCGGACGCAUUUCCUCGCGGAGAGAUGGGAAUUUUGAAGCAAUGGCUGUGAACGAAAUUGCCCUAACGCUGCUGGCCCUGCUCGGCUCGGCGGCUGUCGGUAAUGCUCUACGUUGUAACUGCACAAACUGUGAGAAGACAGGCUAUGAGUGCGAGACAGAUGGCGCCUGCAUGGCCUCUACAUACUACAUCCAGGGGAAGGAGCAACAUGUACGCAUCUGUAUCAACCGGGACAACCUGAUCCCCCCUGGACAACCCUUCUACUGUCUGAGCGCUGAAGGCCUGCUCAACACACAUUGCUGCUAUGUAGAUUACUGCAACAGUAUUGAAGUCCCCGUUCCAACAAAGGAGGUGGACUGGACGACCUCAGGGAGCUCCUGGGGGCCGGUGGAGCUGGUAGCAGUCAUCGCAGGGCCAGUGUUUCUUCUGUGUGUGCUGCUGAUGGUCGGCGUGUUCCUGUUCCAGUAUCACCAAAGGGCCUACAGCCACAGGCAGAGGCUGGAGGUGGAGGACCCAUCCUGUGACCAUCUGUACUUGGCCAAGGACAAGACCCUACAGGACCUCAUCUAUGACAUGUCCACCUCCGGAUCAGGCUCUGGUCUGCCCCUGUUUGUGCAGCGGACUGUGGCCAGGACCAUCGUGCUGCAGGAGAUAAUAGGGAAGGGUCGUUUUGGUGAGGUGUGGAGGGGGAAGUGGAGGGGAGGAGAUGUGGCGGUGAAGAUCUUCUCGUCCAGAGAGGAGCGCUCCUGGUUCAGAGAAGCUGAGAUCUACCAGACAAUCAUGCUGCGCCACGAAAACAUCCUAGGAUUCAUAGCAGCAGACAAUAAAGACAAUGGUACAUGGACUCAGCUGUGGCUGGUGUCAGACUAUCACGAGCACGGCUCUCUUUUUGACUACCUGAACCGCUACUCUGUCACUAUUGAGGGCAUGAUCAAGCUGGCACUGUCAGCUGCCAGUGGCCUGGCACACCUACACAUGGAAAUCCUUGGCACUCAAGGUAAGCCUGGCAUUGCUCACCGUGACCUGAAGUCUAAAAAUAUCCUGGUUAAGAAGAACGGCAUGUGUGCCAUAGCUGACCUCGGCCUGGCAGUCCGCCACGAGUCCAUCACAGACACAAUCGAUAUAGCACCGAAUCAGCGCGUGGGCACUAAGAGGUAUAUGGCUCCAGAAGUCCUGGACGAAACCAUCAACAUGAAACACUUUGACUCCUUCAAGUGUGCCGACAUUUACGCGCUGGGCCUGGUGUACUGGGAGAUAGCACGUCGCUGCAAUGCAGGAGGUAUCCACGAGGAGUACCAGCUGCCCUACUACGACCUCGUACCCUCUGACCCCUCCAUAGAGGAGAUGAGGAAGGUGGUGUGUGACCAGAAACUGAGGCCCAAUGUGCCCAACUGGUGGCAGAGCUACGAGUCACUGCGCGUGAUGGGGAAGAUCAUGAGGGAGUGCUGGUACGCCAACGGAGCAGCCAGAUUGACGGCCCUGCGCAUCAAGAAGACCCUGUCUCAGCUCAGCGUGGAGGAGGACGUCAAGAUGUGAGCGGCGUAAAGGCGCGCUGGAGACGCACAACCAGACCACACUCCCAUAGGAAACAAACACUAAAGACAGACUGCAAAUGAAAACCCUGCCAGUUUUAAAGCCACACUCCAAGUUGUGACGAGGCCUACCUCACCUUUUUAGCCAAAACUACUGAGAGUCACCCUUCCCCCUUCUUGACGUUUCUGCCCCCCGCCCCCUUCGCCUCCCUUUGUUCCUCGUGUCUCCUCCCUGUUCCCUCCGACCUCCCCUUCUCCAUGGGCCACAACACUACAGCACUACCACUGUUAAUAUCAUCACACUCAACCUUUUGUUUCAUUUCCCAUGGCAGGAAUUACUAUUGUACAGCGACGGGAUUUUUUUUUGUUCAAUCCUUUUUUACCUCUCUGAAAUGUGUCCCAUGACGGACUAACCUUGUCCAGAAGAGCCGAGAAUGUUGUGGGUGUAAGAACAAUAACACUUCAUAUUGUGUUGGCCGUGCAGCAUCACACUGUGGUGCUGCGAGCGCGAGGGAGGAAAGAGGCUGAAGCACUGUUUCUAGUCAUGUGUAAAAAAAAAAAAAGGUGUCUGGACUACUAGCAUGUUUCUACGACACUAAGAUGUCCUCUGGUGUAGGCUGUAGCUCAUUAGACAAAUCCAGUAAUGGGACGUUUGGUAAUUAGGCAGACAGAUUCUGCUUUUUAAUCCCUCACUUGAAUACCCUUCAAACCGAAAACGAGUUGCACUCAACUGUAGCUUCCUCAUCGCGUGUGACACCGGCAGGUAUCACACGGCAGAUGUGGUCCAGUCCUGGUGUUAGUCUGAAAUGUGGCAGGGAUAAUGUUUGGGAUGGUUUUAUUUAUUUGUCGAUAGUUUUUAUUUCAUAUUGAUGAACACUGUGAGACGAGAUGUGACAAGCCAGAGUCGAAUAAGACGUGAAAAUUAGUUCAGUCCGAGUCUUCACCAUCUUUCAGGCGUUACAUUCAGGGGUCGUUGCAUUCACUUUAAUAAGAUACUGAGCGCAAACAUGGAUGUAGCCAUAGGCCCCUGUUGGUGACAGGCGAUGACAUCAUGCACACUGAGCAAAUAAGAGGCGUAUGAAAUGGCAAUGAAAAAUACUGUUGUUUUUUUUAAAAUAUAUUUUUGUGUUUUGUGUAAAGACAUCAUGAUGGGUGUUUUCUUUUGACGUUGACAUUAGACACUACUGAUGAUGGGUACAUAUGAUUUGUAUAUAAAACAUGCAUAUGUUUUUUUGUUUUCCUUUUAUGCCACAAGCAGCGGUGUGACAUCUGAACAGAGAUUUUGCUUGAAUGGUACUUUCAGAAGUUUCUUUGAUCUGUCUGCAUGGUUUUGAACUGUGCCAGGAAAUAGACUCUGUCAUCUGCUGGAAUUUGUUUGCUCCUCUCAUGACAAUUUGGUGGUACUACUGAUCCCAGAUAAUUUUGCUGCAACCUGUUUUUGUCUUUUUUUUUUUUUAAAUGUGUAAUUGUUGGAAUUGAGCUCUUCUCGGAGCUCGUUGAUGCAGAUCUGUUUCUACAUAUGUUCUCCCGGGUGACAUCUCUUUCUCAUUGACACUGGAAUAUUUAGGAGCGUCACAUAACCUUGAAUUCUGAUACUGCCAAUGGCUAUUUAUUCAGAAGUAAAGACAGCUGCUGACAGUUCACACACACAGGGAACAUACGGAUAGAUGUGAAAAGUAGUCGCGACGUUUUCAGAGACUGACAUGCUGUAAAGUGAAACUGCAUGUUUUCAUUCUACUUUGUCGUCCGCAGACAAAACUAUGAAAGUAUUACACUGACGUUUGUCACCGUUGGGCUCUGCACUGUUAAUGUCCACAUGGACUUUAGUUAAUGUUAGUUAUGUCAUCACUUGAUCCAGAAACCAUGUGUCAUGUUAGUAUCCAUUUUGCAUGCUGUCUCAAACACUGGGUCCUCUGCACUGAGGAAGAUGAACUUAAGUCUUUUCCCCUCUUCCUCCCCGUUGUUUUCUUUCUUCCUGUUUUUUGUUCGGGUCAUUGGCUGUGUACCCCAGAAAUGUUGCUGCUACUGUUAACAUGGGUGGAAGUUCAGCGGGCAGAUGGGAGGAGGAGAGCUGUGGAGGGAAAAAUAGGGAGACUGCUGUCAGUUGAACCAAAAUUGUCAAAACACUCCUGUCCAUGUUUGGUUUGUUGCCAUGGGUAUAUGACCAUCAGACAUCAUCCUGUUCACGAGUAAUACUUUGAGAUUUCAAAAAUCAUGUUGUGCAGAUCUUUUCAGAAUUAGUUGAAAAGUGUAUAUAGAUGAUAUACAAUAAAUUCCUCUUUUUCUUAU